AUGGAAUACCUUUCAAAUCUUCUGAAAGAAAAUCCUUCUAGUGCUACGAGAUCGGUGCACAAUAUCUCAUUCACUUUUCCUGUUCGGUACUAUGAUUUUCACGUAUACUACUUCGCUCAUGACAAAUCAUCAAGCGACGAGUCAGACUCUUUAAGAGAUAGACUUUUGAAUGAAUUUCAAGAGGAUUGUUCUGAUGGCUCGAUUAUAGUUAAGAAGCUACCAAACGAUAAAGUGAUUGGACCACAUCCUACUCAGUUUUGGGAGGCAGAUGUUUGCAGACCAGAAGUGUUUGUCAAAGUAUUGAGUUGGUUUCAAUUGCACCAUGGAAACUUAUCCGUCUUGAUACACCCUCAAAGUGGAAAUGAUUUAGCUGACCAUACAACGAAUGCAUUGUGGUUGGGUGAAAGACUACCACUACUCACAAAUAAGCUACCCCAAGAAUCAUUGGGCAUACCAGAAUUUGGGAUUAAAGGAGGUAGCCGAAUUCCAGCAAAAGACUUCAGUAGUCAUGUACCGAUCUUGAAGUAA